AUGAACAUAUUAAUGUAUAUCAUGAUACAUCCUCUUGAUCCUGUAUGGUUCCGAUGGGCUGAGCUCUUUUUUGUCAGGGUUGAUGAUAUCAACAACUAUGCCCACGAUGAAGAUGACAGGCCCUCAGAUUUACAUCAUGUCAUGAUGAGGUUUUGA